UUGCUGCAAUCCGCCGCAUCGCAUCUGCAGUCCAUCGCCGGAGACGGAUGCGAGGAUGCUCCGGCGAAAACCAACCAUCGUCUGUGUAGGUCCGCCGCCCGUCGCAGAUGCAGCCAUACCGUUCGCCGCCGACGGAGUCAGCUCGUGCCCCUAACAAUUAAAUCCACCAUCGCCGACACAGUCCUCCGCCACGACCAACACCAGUCGGUGAAGAUGGAGACGGUGACGGCAAUAACGGACCGAUUGUUGUAUUUUUCGUUGCGGCUGUUGUUGUCUGGUGUUGUUGACCUCGAGGGCGGCGAUGUGGUUUUAGAAGUGCUGGCGGCGGAGGGGAGUUUGUCAUUUGGGGAUUAUUCUGCUCUUGUCCGGCGGGUCAUGAACGGCCGCUGGUGGUGGUUGCCCUCGUCGUGGAUGGUUGAUGAGGCGGCAGGAAACGGCGCUAUAGACGGCGGUAGGCGGCGGCGCUGGUGGAUGGCGAUGAAGAGCCGGUCGAUCUGUUCGGAUCUAGUGAAGCCAUGUCUGUUCGGGUGUUACAGUGGCGGAAUGCAGCGGCGAGCUCCGGCUAGCGGCAGCAAUCGGCAGCUGAUGAGUCGGCGUCUGUGUGCGUAUUGUAUUUGUUGUGCGAUGCUUGGUUCUGGUGAUGGCGGAUGCUCGGCGUUCGUGGCAGAGCAGUGGUCGCCGGCGGGAAGAGCGACGAGUGGUCGCCGACGAGGAAGGGCGGAAGCUGUGGCAGGUCACAUGUGGUGUGCUCAGUGUGUGUAUGUGGUGAGGGAUAAAAAAUGGAGAGAAAUAAGCGCGGUGUUUGAUUUUUGCCGGACGACAAGAAGCGCUUCGUACGCUUUAAGGAAACACUAUUCCACUCUUCUCCAGCACUAUGAACUCGUUUACUUCUUCAAGCUGCUUGCUCCAACAGUUUAUCACACAGAACAUGCCCUUGAAUUUCAAAUCUUGAUUCGUAAACUGUAA